CCCGUUUUCCGCUCUCUCUCCCCAAUCCCCACUCUGCUACCUUGACAAAACUAGCGCAGACAGGACAGCGAAGAAAUGGACCCUAAUCCUUAUCCCCACAGCGUCCGGAAAACCUCCGCCGGGGGCGGCGGCGGAGUUCCUUCGCCUCACAGCUACGCCCUCAGCGGCAAAAUCAUGCUCAGCGCCAUCGUAAUCCUCUUCUCCAUCAUCCUCCUCAUCCUCUUCCUCCACUUCUACGUCCGCUGGCACGUUAUCCGCCGCGCAACCAGCCGCGCCAGGCGCCGCCGCCGACGUUUCAUUUUUGCCGGAGAAAACCAGUCUCCGGCCUCCAACCGCGCAAUAGAUCCCGCCAUCCUCAAAUCCCUUCCUAUCCUCCUCUUCUCCCCUAGCGCCGGCGAUGACGGCGAGCUCGACGAAUGCGAUUGCGCAGUUUGCCUCAACGAAUUCGAAGACGGCCAGAAGAUCCGCAAACUCCCGGUAUGCGGCCAUAGUUUCCACAUCGAUUGCAUCGAUAUGUGGUUUUCGUCUCACUCCAAUUGCCCCCUCUGCCGCGCCGUCGUCGAGGCGGUGCCAUCGGUAUCGGAUUUGUGCUCGUUGUGCCUGCAGAGGGAAGGAAUCGGUUCGUCUUCCUCCGAUUCCGGCGAAGGUGAAGUCGCGAUCGAGGUUCCGCAGGGAGGAAUCGAGCGUUUGAGCGGAGAUGCCGAGGGGCUAGGGUUAGGGCAGGCUCUAAAGUGGCCCAUCAACCGGAUCGUCUUGCUUCGUCGAUUUCUCUGCGUAUCGGGAACUAUGCCGGAUAUCGAACGCGGCGAAGGGGCGGCGCCACCACCUUCUCCGGCGGUGUAAUGGAGCACAGGCGUGAAUCAAGGGGUGUGAUUACUGUAAAUUACCUGUGUAAAGAUUCUUUUUUCAGUGUUGUAAAGUUCUUGUUUUUUUGUGUCGGAGGUCGCAACACUAGCCAGUUAAUUGACAGAGGAAGCUUCUGUGUUCUGCUCUUAGUGAAGUGUGGAAU